AUGAAUCCGAUCAGAAAAUCCCACGAAUUCCACCAUUGCAUCCGAGGUCCCCGUGAGGAUGUGGGCCAUCCAGACCCCUGCGAGGAACGAGCGCAGGGAUACCAUGGCAGCAGCCGGGAUGAUAAGGAGUUUCGUGACUUCAGCCAGAAGGGCAUCCUUUCGGGCGAUCAGAGCGUGAACCCACUGGCCCACAACUGGAAUCGGGUCAUGGUCCGCAACUGCGAUGGCACGCUCUUCCUCAGCGAUGCCGAGCUGCCGGUGCGCGGCGGCCGGCCCUUGCAGUUGCGGGGCCGGCGGAAUGCCAUGCUGGCCAUCCACCAGCUCUUGUCUUCCGGCCUGGCCGAUGCCUCGGAGCUGCUCCUGGGCGGCUGCUCGGCGGGCGCCGUGGCGGCACCCCUUCUGGGGGACUACGUGGCCCAAACCGUGCGCCGCGCCGCGGCCCAACGAGGGGGCAAUGUUUUCGUGGCCAUCCUCUCUGACAGCGGCUUCUUUGUGGAUUGGAGCAGCUUGUCCCGGGCGCCCCCAGGCGUUUUGAGUUUCCCUCAGCUUCAAUGGCUCUUCGAGGUGGGGAAUGUUUCGGAGGCGCUCCCAGAGGAGUGCCUGAAAGCUGGAGAGUCCUGGCGUUGCAUGUUGCUCUCCAGCGCCGUGCCAUAUGUCAAGACGCCCAGUUUCUUCCUCCAAAGCACCGUUGACUCCUGGCAAUUGCGCAGCCUUGAGCCCUCAUCGCUCGAGGCUUUGCAGGACCAGCUGCGCCCGGCGCUGCUCCGCAGCCUCAACGCUGGCCGUGGCCGUGGCCAUGGCGGCGCGGUGGAUCACUGCGUGCAUCACUGCGAGGCGUGGGGCGAGAUCACCUGGGGAAGCAUCAGUAACCGUGAUGCCUUUGAAGGAUGGUACCGGAAGCGGUUGCAGCAAUGGCACAGCAGCGGUUUCAAUGCUAGCGUCUUCGACACUGCAGGGGAACACUGGCCUCUACUCCACCUAGGAAGAGCUGGGCCGUCACAGUGCUACCCUGGACAGGAGGAACAUCUACGAUGGCACCAGAACUUGACACUGGCUCUGGAAAAAUGCGACAUGGGUAGAUCAUGGGAUAUUUUUGUUGGGAAUCUCUUGGGAAAAACAUUGGGGGACAUAUUGGACAAUAACUUUAGCGGCUAA